AUGUCGUAUUCAUACUUGUUUAAAUACAUUAUUAUUGGUGAUACAGGUGUUGGAAAAUCAUGCCUAUUACUUCAGUUUACCGAUAAACGUUUUCAACCCGUUCACGACCUUACCAUUGGAGUUGAAUUUGGAGCCAGAAUGAUAAAUAUUGAUGGAAAACAAAUCAAAUUACAAAUAUGGGAUACUGCUGGACAAGAAUCGUUCAGAAGUAUCACUCGCUCAUAUUAUCGUGGAGCUGCAGGUGCUCUUCUCGUUUAUGACAUUACGAGGCGUGAGACAUUCCAUCAUUUAACAACAUGGCUCGAAGAUGCCAGACGACACUCCAACUCAACAAUGACCAUCAUGUUGGUUGGAAACAAGUGCGAUCUGGACUCACGACGUGCUGUCUCAUAUGAGGAGGGCAAAAAGUUUGCUCAACAACACGACUUGAUCUUCUUGGAAACAAGUGCCAAGAAUGACGAAAAUGUAGAGGAAGCUUUCAAUUACACAGCAAGAAUUAUUUAUGAAAAAAUUGAGAAAAAUAUUAUUGAUGUUACCAAUGAAAUGAACGGAGUGAAGGUUGGAAAUGCUCCAACAGCAACAACCAAUCUUUUGGACAAGCCUGGAAACUCAUCAGAACAAGGAAGGGGCAAAACUUGCUGUGGAUAG